AUGUCUCUUGCUGUCGAUGAAACCAAGUAUGUGGAAGAAUUGGUGGAAGCCUCCGUACCUCUAGGAGAGCUUUCUCUUGCAAACUCCAGGCCUGUUCCCCACACUGAAGAAGCUGGUUAUUCUCCGAUCUACAUCAACUCUUUUGUUCAAGACAACUUUGGAGGAAAAUUAAGAGAAACCCCUCAUCCAAGCUUAGAUACAUACUAUGCCUUGUUUAACCACUGUGUAGCCUUGCACUCCCAAGAAAAGUCUUUUGGAGUCAGAGAAGUUUUAGAUGAUGGUUCCAGAGGUGAAUAUGUAUGGGAAACAUAUGGACAAAUCAACCAAUUGAAGAAACAAUUGGGAGCUGGAUUCUUGUAUGUGUUAAACAACAGUCCAUUUCGCCCCAGUGACGAAGUCCAAGAGAAGAUCGACAAUCACGAAAAGUACGUUGCCAACUUGGACGAAACUUUUUUCAUUUCGAUCUUUUCUUCCAACAGAAGAGAAUGGGCUUUAACCGACUUGGCAUGUGUUAAUUACUCCAUUUGUAACACAGCUUUGUAUGAUACGUUGGGCCCCACCACCACCAAGUACAUUUUGGGGUUGACAAAAUCUCCAAUGAUUGUGUGUUCGAAGGACAAGUUGAAAUUGUUGAUCGAUUUGAAGAAACAGCAUCCAGACGAAUUGCGGGACUUGAUCACCUUGGUGUCCAUGGAUCUGUUGGACUUGCAGAACCCCUCUUCCAAUGAUAGAUCCCUUCAUCAGUACGCAAAAGCAAAUAAUAUCAUGCUUUAUGACUUCAAUCAGGUGAUCAAGUUGGGAGAACUCAAUUGGAGACCCGAUAUCCCACCAAAACCAGAAAAUAUUUAUAUGGUGAGUUUUACUUCGGGUACCACGGGAGCUAAUCCAAAGGGGGUUGUUUUGACUCAUAGAAAUGGUGUUGCCUCGGCCACCUUUUGUCUUGCCAAAAACCUUACUGCUGCUAGACUUGAAAAGAUCAGAUACUACAACUUUUUGCCAUUAGCCCAUAUCUAUGAAAGAAUGAACCUUAACUAUGGAAUGUUUAGAGGGUACGAAAUUGGUUUUCCUUCAACACCAUCUCCUUUGUCGUUGUUGGAAGAUGUCAAAGCCUUGAAGCCUCAUCUCCUAAUGUUGGUUCCUAGGGUGUUGACCAAGUUAGAAGCAGCUUUGAAAAACCAAACCGUCAACAACCCUGAUAAGCCUCUUUUGCUGAAGUUGUUCACCGCUGCUGUUAACUACAAGAUGGAAAAACAAUCCCAAGGUGAUGGUAAUGAAGGAAGACACUUUUUCUAUGAUAGGUUGAUUAAUUUGGUUCGUAAAAAGGUUGGGUUUGAAAACAUCGGUGCCUUUAGUUCUGGAUCGGCUCCCAUUGCUCCAGAUACCAUUAAGUUCUUGAAGGCCAUCUUGAAUAUCGGAAUUGCUCAAGGUUAUGGAUUGACUGAGUCGUUUGCUGGAGUAUGUGCAUCUCCCAACUAUGACAGUGAGCCAGGUUCAUGUGGAGCUCCUUCGAUCACCUGUGAGAUGAGAGUUAGAGAGGUACCUGAAAUGAACUACUAUGCUAAGGACAAAAAUGGUCCUAGAGGAGAAUUGCAAUUAAGAGGUCCUCAGAUUUUCAAAGAGUACUACAAGAACCCAGAAGAAACUUCCAAGGCAUUAUCUGAGGACGGUUGGUUUUCAACUGGUGACAUUGCUGAAAUCAAUGGCACCACUGGAAGAAUUACCAUCAUUGAUAGAGUUAAGAACUUUUUCAAAUUGGCUCAAGGUGAGUAUAUUACCCCAGAAAAGAUCGAGAACAUAUACUUGUCUUGUUUCCCAUUGGUUGCCCAGGCAUUUGCUCAUGGUGAAUCCACUGAGUCCUAUUUGGUGGGUAUUUUAGGUAUUGAGUUAGAGACCUCUAAACCUUGGUUGAAGAAGAACUUCAACAUUGAUGUUUCUUCAAAUGAAGAGUUGUUGGAAAAGAUGAACGAGAAGGCCAUUAAAACCGAGUUCUUGAAGCAAAUGAAUGCCUCUACCAAGAACUUGUUACAAGGGUUUGAAAAGCUUAACAAUAUCAAAUUGAUGGUGGAACCUUUGAAACUUGAAGACGAUAUUAUCACUCCUACAAUGAAGAUUAAAAGACCUUUGGCCAAAAGAUUCUUUAAAGACCCAUUGGGUGAAUUAUACACAGAAGGUUCUCUUUUCAGAAAAGAAACUAAAUUGUAG